UCGUUUUGAAAACCUUUGACCGACCAACUCGUUUCUUUGCUCGUGCCGUGGACACUCACCACCAAUUGACUAAGGUAUGGGUUCAGGAAUUUCAAAGGAGGAGAAACUUAAGCGGGAAAGCUUAGAAGAAAGUCUUAAAAGAAUGCAUGAGAAACUUAACACCACUGCUAAAACCCACUUCGAAUCUUCGAGAUACUACAAAAAGUGGGACAUCGGGCUUCAAUGCAUUUCUUCUGUGGUAUUUUUCGUAAGUGCCACAGGAGGCUUUCAAUCAAAAUCUGCUUGGAUGGGAUUUUUUUUAUAUCGUCCUCGCCUUGUGCCACUCGUCGCUGCGAUUUCAGCCACUUCCAUUGUCCUAUCCAUUACCGUACGUACACGUUUGCCAUUAAAGAUCGAUAUUACUGGUUUGCCUGCUGAUCUACAUGAGAAGCACUUAAUCGCUGGAUUAGAAUGUCAGUAUCUCAAAAAGAGGGUGAAGUUUAUGUCGGAGACCGAAGUUUGGGAUCCCAAAAUACCGUGGGCAUCUCUAACGUCACAGUACCUAGCCCUGCUCAGGGAGAAGAAAGACGUAAAUAGCAUGAUACAAACCGAAGAAUGGGCUUACCUGAAAGCUAAGAAGCUUAUUAUGGAAAAAGAAAGGGAGAAACGAAAUCGAACUGAGAGAGUAGCAGAAGGAACCAUGCAAUAAGCCCCAGAAACUUGGGAGAAUCAUAAGCUGAUCUGUUAUUUACUGCAAAUGUAAAACUCCUUAUCAUAACUACUUAAGAAGUUAAUUGACAACCAUGCAGUCUCAGAUCUACGAAAGACGCGUUUUGAUCGAUGAACGAUUAUAAUUUGAAGCAAGAUAUUAUAUUCUUUUGUUUGUAGUUAGUUUAUAUCAUUACAUCGAAGUUAUAGCGGCCAUGAACUGAACACUCAUUCGAUCGGAAGGAGAAGUGGUGCAACGAGAAAAAAAUAUUUCGGUCGGCAUAGAUAACGGUAGACUCUUCCAAUGGAUAUGGGCAGCAUUUUUAAAACAAAGGCUGUAUGUAAAUAUUUUUUAAUUGUCUGUGACACUCAGUGCGACGUCUGAGUGUGAUACAGACCGUGUUAACCAUUCAGCGUGAAGAUUCAGUGAAAGCAAAUUGUGAUAAACUACAAGACUACUUCUUUCUGAUUGCAACGCUGGAAAUAGUCAGUUUAACCUGUCAUGUGUACACUACGGCGACUGCUUUUUCAACAUUUCUACGUCUAUAACG